GGAAGCCAGGAGGAUUUGCAUCCCACCGGGGAGCCAGGUCUGGAUGCAGGAGAGCUUGGGGGAAGCUCACCCUGGCCUGGGGUCUGCGGGAGGUCCGGGGUGUCACCAGCAAGCCUGUCCACCUCAGUUCCUCGGCCCUCUGGGCUGGUGACUGCAGAAGUGUCCCGGACGGCUUCACACAGGACCCAGCACUGUGCGUCACCUCCCAGGGCCGCAAGCUCUCCAAGGAGCGGCUAGGGGUCCUGCCUCUCCUCUCCCAGCUUCCAGGGCUCCAAGCGGUCCUGGGCUUGGGGGCACAUUGCCCUGGCCUCUGCCUGUGAGGUCACGUGGGCUUCUAUCCCUUCCUUGCGAGGACACCGGUGCCUGGGUUAGGAGCCGCCCCAACGACCUCGACUCAUUCCACGGGACGCCCCAUCCACAGGACGCCCCCCACCAAAGCCUCUGCAGGAGUGGUGACUGGAGUGGCCAGCCUGAGGCGCCCCAGGGCGGGAGCGGUCCUCAUGCCGGAGGCCGGGGGCAGCUGCCCCUGGGGCCCCAGGAUGGUUGCGUCAGGCUCGGGGCCUGGCCUGUGCCGGGGCGAGAUCGAAUUUGGAGGGUCUGGGAAGAAGCGAGGCAAGUUCGUGAAGGUGCCCAGCGACGUGGCCCCCUCCGAGCUCUUCAACCUCCUGCUGGCCGAGUGGCACCUGCCUGCCCCCAACCUCGUGGUGUCCCUGGUGGGUGAGGAGCGUCCGUUCGCCAUGAAGUCCUGGCUGCGGGAUGUCCUGCGCAAGGGGCUGGUGAAGGCGGCCCAGAGCACAGGGGCCUGGAUCCUGACCAGCGCGCUUCGCGUGGGCCUUGCCCGGUACGUCGGACAGGCCGUGCGUGACCACUCGUUGGCCAGCACGUCCACGCGUGCCCGCGUGGUAGCCAUUGGCUUUGCCUCGCUGGGCCGCGUCCUGCAUCGUCAGCUUCUGGACAAUGCCCAGGAGCACAGCCCUGUCCACUACCCCGCGGACGAGGGCAGCGGCCGGGGCCCCCUCUGCUCCCUGGACAACAACCAGGCGCACUUCAUCCUGGUGGAGCCCGGGCCGUGCGGGACGGGGGACGAGCUGGCGGAGCUGAGGCUCAAGCUGGAGAAACACCUUUCGGAGCAGAGGACCGGCUAUGGGGGCACUGGCAGCAUCGAGAUCCCUGUCCUCUGUCUCCUGGUCAAUGGUGACCCCAGCACCCUGGAGAGGAUCUCCAGGGCCGUGGAGCACGCUGCCCCGUGGCUGGUCCUGGCAGGCUCAGGAGGCAUCGCCGACGUGCUGGCUGCCUUGAUGAACCAGCCCCACCUCCUGGUGCCCCAGGUGGCCGAGAAACAAUUUAAAGAGAAGUUUCCGGGUGAACAUUUCUGCUGGGAGGACAUCGUACACUGGACCGAGCUGCUGCAGAACAUCACCUCCCACCCGCAUCUGCUCACCGUGCACGACUUCGAGCAGGAGGGCACCGAGGAGCUGGACACUGUCAUCCUUAAAGCGCUGGUGAAAGCCUGCAAGAGCCACAGCCAGGAGGCGCAGGACUACCUGGACGAGCUCAAGCUGGCCGUGGCCUGGGACCGCGUGGACAUCGCCAGGAGCGAGAUCUUCAAUGGGGACGUGGAGUGGAAGUCCUGUGACCUGGAGGAGGUGAUGAUGGACGCGCUGGUGAGUGACAAGCCCGAGUUCGUGCGUCUCUUCGUGGACAACGGCGCCGACGUGGGGGACUUCCUGACGUACGGGCGGCUGCAGCAGCUGUACCGCUCCACGCCCCCCAAGAGCCUGCUGUUCGACCUGCUGCAGCGCAAGCACGAGGAGGGCCGGCUGACCCUGGCCGGCCUGGGCGCCCAGCAGGCCCGAGAGCCGCCCACGGGCCUGCCCGCCUUCUCCCUGCAUGAGGUCUCCCGCCUGCUCAAGGACUUCCUGCAUGACGCCUGUCGCGGGCUCUACCAGGAGGUGAGCGGGCUGGUGGCCGGGAAGGCUGGGAGGGGUCCCCAGGAGGCUGACCGGCCUGUCCUCCAGGAGAGGGGACCGGCCAGGCGGCCUGAGGGCCGGAAGUGGCUGCUGGAUCUGAACCGGAAGAGCGAGAACCCCUGGCGGGACCUGUUCCUCUGGGCCGUGCUGCAGAACCGCCACGAGAUGGCCACCUACUUCUGGGCCAUGGGCCAGGAGGGGGUGGCCGCUGCUCUGGCCGCCUGCAAGAUCCUCAGAGAGAUGUCGCACCUGGAGACUGGGGCGGGGGUGCGCCGCCCGGUGAGGGAGGCCAAGUACGAGCAGCUAGCCCUGGGCCUCUUCUCCGAGUGCUACGGCAAUAGCGAGGACCGCGCGUUUGCCCUGCUGGUGCGCAGAAACCGCGGCUGGAGCAGGGCCACCUGUCUGCACCUGGCCACUGAGGCCGACACCAAGGCCUUCUUCGCCCAUGACGGGGUGCAGGCUUUCCUGACCAAGAUCUGGUGGGGGGACAUGGCGUCGGGCACGCCCAUCCUGCGGCUGCUGUGUGCCUUCCUCUGCCCAGCCCUCAUCUACACCAACUUCAUCACCUUCAGCGAGGAGGCCCCGCUGAGGACGGGCCCCGAGGGCCUGCAGGAGCUGGACAGCCUGGACACGGAGAAGAGCCUGCUCUGCAGCCCGGGCAGCAGGCCAGAGGAGCUGGCCGAGACACCAAGGGCUCAGGGAGACCCAGGACCCCGUGCUGCCUUCCUGCUCAUGCGCUGGCGCAUGUUUUGGGGCGCGCCUGUGACCGUGUUCCUGGGGAACGUGGUCAUGUACUUUGCAUUCCUCUUCCUGUUCGCCUACGUCCUGCUGGUCGACUUCAGGCCACCUCCUCAGGGGCCGUCUGGGCCUGAGGUCACCCUAUACUUCUGGGUCUUUACUCUGGUGCUGGAAGAGAUCCGGCAGGGAUUCUUCUCGGACGAGGACACACAUCUGGUGAAGAAGUUCGCGCUCUACGUGGAAGAUAACUGGAACAAGUGUGACAUGGUGGCCAUCUUUCUGUUCAUUGUUGGUGUCACCUGCAGGAUGGUGCCCUCGAUGUUCGAGGCGGGCCGCACGGUCCUGGCCGUCGACUUCAUGGUGUUCACGCUCCGACUCAUCCACAUCUUUGCCGUCCACAAGCAGCUGGGCCCCAAGAUCAUCAUCGUGGAGCGCAUGAUGAAGGACGUCUUUUUCUUCCUCUUCUUCCUGAGCGUGUGGCUUGUGGCCUACGGCGUGACCACGCAGGCGCUGCUGCACCCCCAUGACGGACGCCUGGAGUGGGUCUUCCGCCGCGUGUUCUACCGGCCCUACCUGCAGAUCUUUGGGCAAAUCCCGCUGGACGAGAUCGAUGAAGCCCGCGUGAACUGCUCGCUGCAUCCCCUGCUGGAGGAGGGCUCCCCCUCCUGCCCCAACCUCUACGCCAACUGGCUGGUCAUCCUCCUGCUGGUCACCUUCCUGCUCGUCACCAACGUGCUGCUCAUGAACCUGCUGAUCGCCAUGUUCAGCUACACGUUCCAGGUGGUGCAGGGCAACGCGGACACGUUCUGGAAGUUCCAGCGCUACCACCUCAUCGUGGAGUACCACCAGCGCCCCGCCCUGGCGCCGCCCUUCAUCGUCCUCAGCCACCUGAGCCUGCUGCUCAAGAGGCUGCUCCGGAAGGGGGCCGCGCAGAGGCGGGCGCCCCUGGGGAGAGACCUGCCGGAGCCCCUGGACCAGAAGAUGGUCACGUGGGAGGCGGUGCAGAAGGAGAACUACCUGGGCAAGCUGGAGAAGCAGAGGAAGGGCAGCAAGGAGGAGGUGCUGCGGAAAACCGCCCACAGGGUGGACUCGGUAGCCCAGCACCUCGGGGGGCUGAGGGAGCAAGAAAGGCGCAUCAAGCGCUUGGAGUCCCAGGUCAACUACUGCACGGUGCUCCUGUCCUCCAUAGCCCAGAGCGGUGCCAACUGGAACUCCCAGACCUCUAAAGGUGGACGCCAGCAAGCCAGUGCUGACCACCGAGGGGCUGCAGACAGCAGCGAGCGCCCAGAGGCUGGCCAGCGGCUCUCAGACACCUGAGCCACUCGGAGCAGCUGCACACGGGGCCCACCUCCCAGCGCCCCGAUCACGAUGGGCAGGCAGGCCACCCCAGGCCCCAGAGACACACCGAACUUCCCCCGCCUCCGCUAGAGCCCUCAGUGGGCUCUGGCUCUCGUGGCCUUGUCAGAAGCAGCCACUCCUCGCCCUGCCUGGCUCCUUGCCUGGGACUGCUCUCCCUUUGCCAGGAAGCACGGGGCUGGACGGCGGGCCCUCUCCCAGACUGGGGGAGCCCCAGGGGCCCCCAUCCACAACCAUCUGGUCUGGUCUGGUGGGCCACAAUACGGGGUCCGCACCUAUCUCAUACCCAACUCGUAUCACCUGUUAAACCUCAUUUCUUGGAAACACUAGCG